AAAAUUGUCGUUGAAUUUCCGGUAUGCCAAGUGACGCAAUUAGCAACAUUAGCUGCUGGCGUUGACAGUGUGGACCGAAGUUCUCGCGUGUCCGUCCAUGGCUCUCAAGGCGGAGCUGCACGAGCGGGUCAGAUGUGCCCAGCAGUUGCUGCAGCGCGCCGAGCAGCUGAGCCCCGGGGUCGAAGGUGGAGGCAAACUCUGUGGAAAACUGCGAUCGGAGCUGCGGUUCCUCCGGCGGGUCGAAGCGGGUCAGCUCCAGAUCAAAGAGUCGCACUUGCACAGUACCAAUCUGACUCACCUGACUGCGAUUGUUGAAACUGCGGAGAGCCUGGAAGGCGUGGUCUCUUUGCUCCACGUCUUCACCUACCAGGAUGACAGCGGGGAAAAGAAAACGCUGGUGGUGGAUGUGGUGGCCAACGGGGGCCACACUUGGGUGAAGGCGGUGGGGAGGAAGGCAGAGGCGCUGCACAACAUCUGGCAGGGCCGAGGCCAGUACGGAGACAAGAGCAUUAUCAGUCAAGCAGAGGACUUCUUGCAGGCCAGCCGCCAGCAGCCAGUGCAGUACCUUCAUCCUCACGUAGUCUUUGCCUUCUACAAUGGCGUCUCCAGCCCCAUGGCGGACCGCCUCAAAGAGAUGGGUGUGUCGGUGCGUGGCGACAUAGUUGCUGUUGACACUAUGGUUAUGGAGGAGGGUUGUGCAGGAGAGGAUGCAGACGAGGAGGCGGACAGCUCCGACUGCUCCGACGAGGAGGCCGAUGACCAGGAGGGGAGCGCAGAGCUCACCCGGGUGGACCGCAGCAAAGUUGUGGCAAGUUUAGAGUUCCCCAUCCAGAUGAAGGUGGAGGAGUGUCGGCGGGUCAACCUGGACAUCACCACCCUGAUCACCUACGUGUCCUCGCUGAGCCACGGCCGCUGUUUCUUCUCCUUCCGAGAGCCGGUCCUGACGGAGCAGGCGGCGCAGGAGCGGCAGCAGCCCGUGCUGCCCAGCCUCGACGCCUUCAUGGAAGGGAAGGAGCUGUACACCUGCCGCACGGCUGUUCGUGACUUCCAGGUGAUUCUGGAGACGCUGGGCGGACCCAACGAGAAGGAGCGGGCCGAGCGGCUUUUGGCUCGCCUGAACGUGGUGGACGAUAAGCCGUCGGAGCGCACGCAGUGCCUCACGCCCAGCUCCAAAGUCAAUCGCCGUUCGCUCAUCAUCUUCGGAACAGGGGACGGGCUGCAGGCCGUUACCAUGACGGCAAACAGUCGCUUUGUCAGAGCAGCCGCGAAUCAAGGGGUGAGAUACAGCGUCUUCAUUCACCAACCACGAGCUUUGACUGAAGGGAAAGAAUGGCGGGCGACGCCCCUCUGAUGGCGGGACUCUUCUCUGUUUGACCUGAGACGGUUCAGAAUAAACACAACCCAGGUAGUGUUUGUGUCUGUUUACUUUAGGUGGAAAAACACAAACCUUAAUACUCUGAUCAUAACAUGGUGCACUGGAUAAAAAGGGGGCGGUGGAGUUCAAACUCUUCAGGGUGCGGCGUCGUCUCUGGUGGGACUGAAGGUCUCCAGCUCCUUCACCAGAGUGUCUGCGAUGCUUCGGUUGUUGGCCGCGAUGAUUCUGCGAGACAUCAUGUCCAAUGGACCACCUGAUGACGUAGCGAAGGGUGAGCGCGAGCUGGGACUCUGAAUCGUAUGGUCACAUGACCGUACCCUCCACGUCCAUCAGGACUCCUCCCGCUUCAGAGACGAUCAGUGAUCCAGCCGCCACGUCCCACACGUGGAUGCCGAUCUCGUAAUACGCCUCAGCCGAACCGGACGCCACAAGACACAGGUUUAGCGCUGCAGUGCCAGCACCGCGGACUCUGGAAGGACAAAGUCUUCCAGGGUGUCAGCAGUAAUGGAGAGUAGUACAUGAACGAGAGGUCAAAGAUCUCUUGUAUGACGACGCCAGUGAGUCGUUGAUGACCAUUUCUCACUUGACCUAUGAUCUCCCUUCACCUUUCAAUCAAUAUCCAAAUACUAGUCCCAGUGAAGUACUAAAGGAAGUACUGUACCCAUGGACUGGCAGCAAGAGAAUUUUCCGUAAACUGGUGAAAAUCUUGUCGACAACUUCAGGAUCCCGGUUGGACCCGAACUCAGUGCAGAUGAUGGACUGUUGGAUGUCUGAGGAUCAAUGACAUGAUCAGACAUGUGAGAACUGCGAUUGUCCUGUCGCACAAACUGCACUGACCUUGCUGGUGGGAGACUUGCAGGGGCCGACCAUCGCAGAAGGCCCCUUUCCCUCGCCGCGCGGUGUACAUGUGGUCGUCCAGACAGCUGUACACAACGCCCACCUCCACCUAGAGAGCAGAACGUGAGGUCGCACCGGAGUCAAAGGUCACAGAGAGGAGAACAAGCUAACCCGCUUGUUGAAGCAGACGCCGAUGGAAAUGGCCACAAAAGGGAACCUGAUGAAAGAUGGUGUUAACUGUGAAGUCGUCGCCAGGCUUCAUCUGCUUUCAAACGUACGCGUGAACGAAGUUGGUGGUUCCGUCGAUCGGGUCUAUGAUCCAGGUGGGUGCGUCAGUGAGGUCACAUGACUCACCUGCUGCCACCGACUCCUCACCAAUCACUCUGGAACAUAAAAGUAGAAUUAUCAGGUAUCAGAGUCGGGAAGUAGUACUGAUAAAGAAACUGGUAUUAGAGCAGGACGGACCGGUGCUUGGGGAACCUCUCCCUCACUGACUGUAUGAUCAGCUGUUCCACCUUCUGGUCCGUCUGCGUCACCAGGUCCACGGUGGAACUCUUUGUCAUCACACAUCUCCCUCCGUCCCGCACGGCAGAACGUACCAUCUGAGCAACAGACAGUAAAUGGCCUGCACCCACUUUAACAUCUCCUGAGCAUCUUACCUCUCCAGCUCUUCUGGCCAGAGCAACAGCGUGAUCCAUCACAUCCUGGACCUCGUCCGCCAUCUCAACUGACCUUCAGAACACAAACAUGACCUUUGCCUUCACAGGUAAUUGAAAUGGUCCAACCAAGUCGUACUGGAUCUUCCAACGGGCUGUGCCCAGCUGACCGGGACUCUAACAGACAGGACAUGGUCAGCGGGUGGGAGUGGCCUCUCACAAGGAACCUGAACCAGAACCGCUCCAUCUCGAAGUUCACAAAGGCACCUUUCCAAGUCUGGAUCUAGACCAAACACACUUAUCGAAGACAAAUCAAUAGACACAGAGGACGAGACCGGAACCCAAAUGUGAUGUUGAGGUCACAUUGCCCAAUUAUAUUCUUUAUUUCCUCGCCAGCGAGUCAGA